AUGUUGCUAAGAGCAAAACCCAGAGCCUUAUACUCCAUCAUCACCAAUCUCCGCAAUUUAAACUCAUACACUCUCCCACCAAACCCAUCAUCACCGGACCUAGCCAACCAAAUCUGCCGCAUUUUAAGCGACCACAGAAACCCACAUCACCACCUAGAGCUCUCUCUAACAGCUUACUCUGCCCACAUAUCACCAAAUUUAGUCGAGCAAGUUUUAAAACGUUGCAAAAAUCUCGGAUUCUCUGCACAAAGAUUCUUCCUUUGGGCUAAAACAAUCCCUGGUUUUACUCACAGUGAAGUCAGCUAUAGAAUUUUGGUCGAAAUUUUGGGUUCUAGUAGACAGUUUGCUUUGUUAUGGGAUUUCUUGAUUGAAUUGAGAGAAUCUCAAGAAUUUGAUAUAACCCCAGAGAUUUUCUGGCUUGUUUUUAGAGCUUAUAGUAGAGCUGAUUUGCCUAGUGAUGCUUUUCGAGCUUUUGAUCGAAUGGUUGAGUUUGGAUUAAAGCCUAGUGUUGAUGAUCUUGAUAAGUUAUUGUAUGUGUUGUGUAAAAGGAAACAUGUGGCGUAUGCCCAACAAGUUUUUGAUAGAGUUAAAGUGAAAUUUGAAGCUGGAGUGAAAAGUUAUAGUAUUUUAGUGAGGGGAUGGGGCGAUGUUGGUGACUCAGUUUCGGCGCGUAAGGUGUUCGAUGAAAUGUGUGAGAGAAGCAAUGAUGUGGAUGUGCUUGCUUAUAAUAGCUUGCUGGAGGCUUUGUGCAAAGGUGGGAAGGUUAGUGAAGCUUAUGAGAUUUUUCGAGGAAUGGGUUCGAGAGGAAUUGAGCCGGAUGCUUGUAGUUAUGCGAUAUUCAUUCGUGCCUAUUGUGAAGCGAAUGAUGUUCAUUUAGCUAUUAGAGUGCUUGAUGAGAUGAAGAGAUGUAAUCUUGUGCCGAAUGUGUUCACUUAUAAUUGCGUAAUCAAAAAGCUUUGCAAGAACGAAAGGGUUGAUGAGGCAUAUGAAGUUUUGAAUGAGAUAUUUGAGGGAGGAGGUAGACCGGAUACGUGGAGUUACAAUGUGAUCUUAGCUUAUCAUUGCGAGCAUAACGAGGUGAAUAGGGCUACCAAGGUGUUAUCUAGAAUGGUGAAAGACUGUUGCUUACCAGAUAGACAUAGCUAUAACAUGCUGCUUAAAUUGCUGAUAAGAAUAGGGAGAUUUGAUAGAGCAACUGAAGUAUGGGAGAGUCUGGGGAACAGGGGAUUUUAUCCUUCAGCCUCCACAUAUUCUGUUAUGAUUCAUGGAUUGUGUAUGAAAAAUGGUAAAUUAGAGGAGGCCUGUAAAUACUUCGAGAUGAUGAUUGACGAAGGGAUACCGCCAUAUUCUACUACUGUGGAGAUGUUGAGGAACAGACUGAUAGGGUUAGGAUUAUCGGAUUACACUGAGAUACUUGCAGGUAAAAUGGAGCGAAGCACUGCUUGUUCUAUACAAGAGUUUGCAAGUAUAAUGAGAGGCGGUAAGGCUCAUGGAAGAUCAAGAACCAAAGAAACGGAGUCCGAAAGUGACUGAUAGGUUGAAUGCUAUCAAUGAGUAGUUUUUAAUUUCAAGCGGAUAAAGCUUAUCCACCCCAAAGUCAGGCGAAGAGAGCUUGUCGAAGUCUAUUUCCGCUAAAGAUCACCAAUUGCAUUUGCAUGAUCUAUUUUAUUAGCUAAGGACUGAUGUAAAAAAAGUGUAUUCUUCAUAUUUUUAAAUUUCCCGAGAUGCAUGAUGUGGUGCGUUUGGUGUGCAAGCUUUUGAAAGAUCUUAGCGCUCCUGGAGAAAAAUAAUACAUUUACUCUGCAGUCAAUUUUUUGCUA